CGGCAGGCACCGGGCCACCAGGCAGAGCGGCAGGCUCCCCAGGGGAACACAGCAGGCCGGGCCACCAGGCGGAGCGGCAGGCACCAGGCCACUGGGCGGAGCGGAGGGCGCCGGGCCCCCAGGAGGGGCGGGGCGGGCGCCAGGCCCCCAGGAGGGGCGGCAGGCACCGGGCCCCCGGGCGGAGCGACAGGCAUCGGGUCACCAGGCAUCAGGUCAUUUGGCUCGCCAGCGGGCACCGCGUCAUCUGGCAAGGCAGUGGGCACCGAGUCACCAGGCACGACAGUGGGUUCCAAGUCAACUGGCAUUGGAUCGUCUGGCUCGACAGCGGGC